UUAGCGCGCACGAAUACCAGGGGAUGGAGUCGGCCGCAACGAGCGACGAGGGGAUGGAAUCCCUACUUCGAAACUUCGAGCAAAUCUAUCAAGGCUACAAAGAUGCGCUUUUGGAGAUCCAGUCAUUGAAGACAAGCCGUAACUAUGAAACCAGAAGAUAUGAAGCUCUUGAAGCCACCUGCAAUGAUCUCAAAACAGGUCCAGCAACAUUUGAUAUAACUCAAUGGGUCUUUUCAUAUGUUAUGUUACUCGUAAUAGUGAAGUAUAAGAUGUUCAUUGUAAAUUCCUUCUUUUAUACAGAUAAUGAGCAAUUAAGAAGGUUGUUUAAUGAACCUUUAUCCAAAUUUGUGGAUGAGAUGAAAUAUCGGACCAAAUGCCAAAGUUUGACAAAGGAACUAGAAAAAGCCAAUAGCAAGCUGCUCAGUUUGGAAGACGAUCAUAGGAAAAUGAUUAAAAUGCUUAAACACGAGAAUGAACAGAAAAUUCAUGACCUGGAGAAGCAGGUCAGCUGUUCACUUCAUAAACAAGCAUCAGACCAAGCUCUAAUGAAUCAGCUCCAGCAAGACUUGGCCACUCAUGAGACUCAUAUUGAGAUCCUGACUAGCAACUUUGAACAGGUUACUGCUGAUCUUCAAUCAAAAUUUAAUUCUGAGAUUCAAGAAUUGAAGGACUUGCUUCUAGCUGAACAGGAAGAGAAAAAUAAACUGCAAGUAAAGCUCCAGAAUGCAGAAAAUGAAUUGCAGAUCAUCAAAAAGAAGCAGAUAAACCAACAAAGGGAUUCCAUUUCACUACAUCAUGUCGAAACAUUAAAGCAGAAAAUCAUGAAACUUAGAAAGGAAAAUGAAUCUCUGAAGAGGCAGGUUACCGCCUUGAAAACAUGAUAUAUGAAACUGUUCUGAUUAUACUCUCAUGCAGGAUACUAUCAGGAUAAUAGAUCACCAGUGGACAGCACACUUUCUUUCUAAUCUGUUGUAUAUAUAUCAUACAAAACAUUGCCCAUAUAGUUCAGGAACAUCUGGAGAUGAAUUUUCAAGAACAAAUUAUAAUGGUCAGUAAGAUUAGGUUGCAAGAAUGUUGGAUACAGAUCGAAAUUUCUAAAGUUUCUUUAAUGGGAAACUGCUAUUAGUUUACUCUUCCUAUUUGCGUAUGAGCUGUGAGCAAGUGUAUUUAGACUGCUAGUGAUGUCUUAGCAGAUGCAGGGUGCCAUCUACCACUGUUUCUCCACAUCUUAGAUGCAGAAAGAAGCUCUUCUAAGCUUCGUUAUGUGGACUGGUCUUCAAUGUUGCAGCUACCAUGAAAGGUGGUAUCUUUAUAUGUUCUAAAAGAAGACAUAUUUAUAUGGUUUUUGAAUACAUAAUUAAGGUGCCAUAGCAUGAUAAAACAAACAUUUCUCUGUUUCAUUAGAGUGUGAACAUGGUGAAAAAUGUGACACAGUUAAGUGUUGGUGUUGGCUACUUCUAGACCCCGGCAUUGGAUGUAUGAAAGAUUGUGCUUAGUGCAAUCCUCAGUGAGUGAUGCUGUAGGGGCUCCUAUGUGUCACCCACUGAAGAUGAUUGGCUACACUAGAAUAGCUAGGAGCAUUAUAUUCUUGGUAAUUGAAAUGCCAAAGAUACAUCCAACAGUGAUAUUACAUUUUUCCUUUUUUCAAGUGACCCAUCUACCUUCAGGAAUAGAGAAUGAGAAUUUAUUAUGUGAUGUAGGAUGAGGUUUUAGCGCAAAUCUUGAAUGUGUUAACUAACUCGACUUACAAAGAUUUUGAUUGCUUAUAGUAAGAUUUCCGAAGUAAAUUUCUACCUUCGUCUAAGUUUAGUCACAACAUGUUGGAUAUUUAUCCUAUCUAAGCAAGAAUUUUUAUUUUGUUGCUUGAUAGUAUCACAUAGCAAAAAUUUGGUAUAAUACUUAGGCAUUUGUUAAUUGGGUCUGGGUCGAGUAUAGAUAGGAAAUUAAGUCUUUUGAUCGAUAUUGAAAUGUAUUGGAUACCUAAAUAGUUUGUAGGAUCAAGAUUUCAGUAUGAGUCUCGUAUGCUUUUUUUUACCUUGCAAGAUUGUAUCCUUUUCAUGUGAUUCAGGAAGAACUAAUGUGCAUAUGUGGUUAUUCUUGAAUGUGAUGUGAUGCAUCAUUUAUGAGUUCUGAGAUUGUAGAUGUGUGGCGACUUUCCUUUGCUGAACAUCCCCAAACAUGCAGCAGUAAAUGGUUCAGAAGAAGAUUAUGUCAAUGAACAAAGAAAGGGCAUUGCUGAACUGAGAAAGAAAAUGAGGAGGAUAUUAUAUAGGCAUGACAACUUGAUCUCUCGUCUCGGGCCCGAAGCCAACAGUAGAGUACACAUCCCCUCCAUAGGAGUGAUGGGUUUUGUGCUGACAAAGAGAAUCCAUUGAGUGACGACUGCUCCUUUGUGCUUCUCAAGGGGCCCGAGCUACAAGACAUUCCGUCCCUCAUUCUUCCUCGGCCUCUCCCCCAAUUUUUUCCCGUACAAGAUCGAGCUGAAUGGCUUCUGAAGCUUGUGUACCUUACUGGGUUUCAAGGACUGGCAAUGUUCAUGACCCAAAUGUGACAGUAGAUUCAGUACUUUCACAUCAUCGGUCAGCACUCAUAGAUCAACUCUCAUGGCUCCUUUGUUCUUCUACUGGCUGGCUACUCUUGAAUGUUGAUUGAGAUAAUCCUCUUGGAUUAUUUAGAAUGUU